UUAUCGUAAUUAUUUUUCGCUCCAUUGCUGCAUCUAUUUUUGUUUGUUUGUUUGUUUGUUUAUCGCAAACAAAAGUGUUCGAACGUCUCAUGCAAGUAGCAAUAUCUUCCUUCUUGCUUUGCUUUCCUUUUUCCAGUGCAUGCAAUUAGUUUAAUGGCUUUUCCGUCAUCUACUAACCAGGACGUCACGAAAAAGAUACUGGAAGACAUCCAGAUGAAAAAGCAGCUGCUGCAGAAAGGGGUCAAUUCGCAUUCGCCCGGCUUUGGCAACCUGUACAACACGUCCCUCGGUUUCGGUAGCCUGUACACACCGUCGCCAUUGUUUCAACUACCGAAGUAUACAACCACCGGCGGGCAGCCGAACGACAGCAAUCAAAGCAUCUCGAAGGGCGUCUGGAGUCAGGCAAUCAAUCAAUCGUUUGGCUUCUUUGUACCGCAGGACUCACUGUUUGGGAAUAAUAUUCUACCGGUACUGCCACGAUACGACAAUCCAUCGAUCCAUUACGCUAGUACGCCGAAAUUUUGA